GAGAGAGAAAAAAACAAUUUGCAAGUCCCUUCUGAAAAAGUUACAAACUUUAAAUUUAAAGCAAAAUCUGGAAAGGAGUUUAUAUAUAAGUAGUUAUUGCAAUCGAUUUUAGAGUAAAGUAACUCACAUGAUUAAACAAAUAACAAGUUUAGUUGAAAAACUGUGUUAAACCAUACAUUGGUAAAAAAAUCGAUUUUGAACGUGAAAUUUAGGAAAUUUAGUAGCAGCCACCUGGUGGAAGAGACUGUAUGCUAAAAAUAUCAUUGUCUAAAACAUCCUAAACCGUUACUGUAAACGAAAAAAAGCUACAAGCAAAUGAAAUAGAGGCGAGACUGAGAGAAUUAUCAGAUCUUUCUACGCAAAAUUUUAUAUUUCCCAAGUGAAAUGAAAAGGAAGCGCAGUAAUGUUGAUCAUGAUGACUUCAAUAAUGCAAAAAAUAUUCAAUGCAAUACCCAAAAUGGUAAUUUCAAACAACUAGAAAAUGAUCAAGAAUGUUGUGAUUCUAAAGUUCCAUAUGAAUUCAUCCUAACUCGUGAAAUUGCUGAAAAUGUUGUUUUAUGUGACAUUUCCGGAAAUUAUUGGAAGAUUGGAGCUCCCAUAGGAAAAGGAUCUUUUGGCGAGAUUUUUCUCGUUUCAAACGAUCCUUCACGUGCGGUCAAUGUAGAAAAUUCUAAGUAUGUAACAAAAAUAGAACCACACUCCAAUGGACCCUUAUUCGUGGAAAUUCAUUGUCUCAUGAAUGUAAACAAAUGCAACAAUGAAGAGGAUGAACAUAUAAUAGAAGAUCUUGUAGGAAUUCCAAAAUACAUAGCGUCUGGAUCACAUUACUUCAAUAACACUCGUUAUCGAUUUCUUAUCAUGCCGCGUUACAAAACUGAUUUGCAUUCCAUCAUUAAAAACAGCCGUUUAAAUCAGAAGCAUUUGCUCAUCAUUGCCACUCAAAUUAUUGACGUUUUAAAGCAACUUCAUAGUAAAAAUUAUGUUCAUUCUGAUAUCAAAGCUGAAAAUAUAAUGAUCGGUCAAUGUGAAUCUACUGUCAAUAGCAAUGAAUUCGAACGAAACGGAAAACAACCGUUGAGUGGAACAAAUCCCUUUCGUAGUUGUCGAUUAAGAAACUUUAGUUUAUUUAAUAACGAAUCUGAUAGACGCAAUUUACGUCCUAUACGAAGUAUCGCUUAUGCCAUGGUGGAUGAGAAUUCUAAAAGUUCACAUACUGUAAAUAGUGGCGAUGAAAGUGACGAGAAAGACGAGGAUUUCGAGUUGUCACCAAGAAAAAGAAAAGCACGUCGACAAGACAACAAAAAGAAAGGAAAUUUAAAGAAAAAAGCCUCAAGUAAUAAAAAUAUUGUGUUAAAUGCUGAAAAGUCCAGCAAGACAAGUUUUUCUAAUCAAGAAACAGAUGAUCGUGUUUUCAUUAUUGAUUAUGGACUCGCAACGAAAUUCAUUGACACAAAUGGAGAACACAAGCCUUUUUGUAUGGAUCAGAGAAGAGCUCAUGAUGGAACUUUAGAGUUUACAUCACGUGAUGCCCAUUUUGGUGUGCACUCACGAAGAAGUGACUUAGAAUGUCUUGGAUAUAAUUUGGUUUAUUGGAGUCAAGGUUUCUUACCAUGGAAGGAUGACAAAUUUAGAGAACAACCUGAAAUUGUUCAUCGUCUGAAAGAAUUCUUUAUGACUGAUGCAAAGGAAAUAAUGAAACUCUUGUAUGGAAAGAAUUGUCCUAAAUUCCUCGGAGAGUUCAUGCAUUAUGUAAGCCGUUUGGAAUUCGAUGAAGAACCAGAUUAUGAUUACUUAAAGGGAUUGUUCAAAAAGGAAUUCUUAAGACUUGGCUAUCAAGAGUCAGAUAUGAAACUAAACUUAAGUGAACUGAGAAAAGCCUGCAAGCCAAAUAGUAAGACUUUUUCAGAAACUGAAUUAAUGAUAUCGUCAAUCACAGACUUAAAAACUGCACGGCAACUUGGCUUUUUGAUUGCAACUGAUUCAACAGAUGACGUUGAGGUUUUAUCAAAACCAAAUGAUUCAAUUGUGAUGAAUCUUUCCUGCAAGUCUUCCCCAAAAAAUCUUCGAUCAAAUGGGAAAGCCAAAACCAAACGUGCGAAACGACAGCCGAAAGUUACUGAAAAGAAAUUAAUUGCCGAAAAGCUAGCACAAGGAAAGAAGCUUUCAAUCGCUGAAAUUUCAACUUUAGAUCCAGAUCAAAUUGCCAGAGAGAGAGCAAAUCGAGAAUAUGAAAAGUUCGAUGAAAAAAUUUAUUAUCAAACUCCUAGACGUUUUAAAGGAAAUCCAACUUAUGCUAUUUUGGAGAUUCAAAAUAAAAUGCGAAAUAGAUUAAGCACUGCUGCUCAUCCUCCUAUAAUUGCACCAUCAACGACAGCCGAUAUUGAACACAACAAAAAUACUGUUAAAAGUCAUGAUGAAAGAGAAAAUGACAAAUCAUUAAAUCAGUAUCGCUGUAGCGAACUGCAAUCAAAUCGAAAGAGUCGCGUUGAAAAGCAAACAAGAGCAGCAAGUAAUGUUAACAAAAGAAAAGAGAAAAAGCCUGAAAGAAAACAAAAAAGAGGAAAACAAAUGCUUAAAAUAAAAGAUGAUAUUUCUGCGUUAAAGGAUAAGGAAAUAACUGCUGUUGAGCAUAAAGAGACAAGAUUAAAGAAAAAUGUUAAAAGUAAGAUAAAAGAACUGCCACCGGUUCCGAUGGAAAUUUCUGAAUCAUCAAGCAACACUAGUGAAGACACCGCUCAAUUUGAACUAAAACGUAAGAGAAAACGUACGAAAAUUAUGCCAUCUGUAUUGAAGUCUUCAAUUGAAACAGAAGACGAUUCAGUUUAUUAUGAUAUCCCAGGUGAAGGCUCAAGUGACAGUAGCAGUUUGAAAGAUAUGUCAGAGGAUGAAAAUGUACCUAAAAUUAUUCAUCAGACUGGAGACAUCCUUUCAGCUGAUGAAAAUUCAAAUCAAGGAAGUACAUUUAGUAGAAGUAGUAAUAAUAACAAUAAUAAACGAGGAAAUCGACGAACUUACUAUGCUGACGACGAUUACACUGCUUCAGCUGAUGAAGUUUCGGAUGUUUCUUCUGAAACUAAUCUCACAAAAUCAUCGGCAUCGUUCAGACCCAAAAGAAACAGAAAGAAUUUCUGGGAAGAACACAAAAAUGAUAAAAUUAGAACUCGCAAUCAAAAACGAAGCCGUUCCAAAAGUCGUUCAGCCGGUCAAGUAUCAGAAGUUUCAAACUAUUCAGACAUUUCUGAAGCUUGUAAUGAUUCAGAGUAUCAAAUUCCAUCUGAUGAUGAAUCACCUGAAGAGCUUGAUGAUCAAGAUGAGGGAAGGGAAUUUGGAGAUAGUGAAACUGAAGAAAAUUACGAUGAUGAAAGCAAUCAAAGUGAAGCAGCUGAUAAUUCUAAUGACUCUGAAGACUCCAUAGAUAUAAAAUACAGUCCGAUCAAAACAAGACACGCUCGAAAGCGAGUGACAUAUUUUGAUAUGAAACAUAUUCGAGGACGUCGUAUAAACACCAUGAACGAAGGUACUCGAAAUUUUCGUCUAGUAUCAACACAAGGUUAAUUGUUAAACAUAACAUACAGUUUCUUUCAAUUCACUGAUGUGGAGAAAUUACAACAUUAUCCUUUUUUGUAUUUGCCGAUCGAAAGAAGAAAACAAGAUUUAAAGGCGUUUAUUUAAGCUCCUAGCUUUUAAGCGAAAAUUAUUAUUUGAAUUUUUUUAUAAUCUUCUUCACAAAAACUUUCAUAAAUACCUGCCUAGGUAUAUAAAAUCGUCUUCAUAAACUGGAUCAAAACGACUACAGUUAUUUAACUUUACCAACAUUAUUUUUACUCUUCAUUGCCCUUAUUUUUCUUCAUUCUUUAUUAUAGUAAAAAUACGUUUGGAAAAGUUAAAAAUAGAAUUUAAAAUUUAAAUACAUAGAUUACUACCUACUUAAGAAAGCCUCUACAUCAAGCUCUAAAAUAAUUUACACAAUAAAGAGUAAUCUAUAAUGAUAGAAAAAAAAUAAUUGCAGCAUAUUUUUAUUUUCACUAUUUGCAUAAUUUAUGACGAUGUGUGGAAGAUCUUAGCAAAAUUGUAUGAUUUUUGAAUAGUAAUAUUUGAAGUUCAUUCAAAAUAUGUGAUGGCUUCAAAAUACUUGGUAGCUAUGUAUCAUCUCAAUAUGUGGAAAAUUUUAAGGAUGAAAUCAUUUAAAUCGAAAUAAAUAAAUCAAUCAUAAUGAAUAAUUGUUAAUAACUUUAAU